GGGGAGGGGGGAUUUUCUCGACUGAGGAUGCUGCUGCCCGGUGGCCGGCAAGGGCCCUAUCGGUCUCAAACGUGAAUUUUGGACCGACACAAUCUCAUAUAGUGAUUGUUCUGCUUCCUGUGUUGCGCCACAACAAAUUUCCUUGGGCUACAUUUUCCCUCAGAUUUGAGGAAAAGAUUUGAGGUCACGCUAAGGAGCCUGAAUACUGAGGUACAGAAACGGUUUUUUGUUCACAACAAAAAAAAACCUAGCGACGGGACCGCCGAGUUUGCGGCAGCCAAAAAAGCUAGCGAUGAGCUCAGCUAAAGUGCCGGGACUCUCGGAUAGAUUUCUAACAUGUUUGAAAUCUGGACCCCAACGCUGGAACCCAACGCUGGUUGGAACGCAACGCUGUUCUUUUGUGGUCCCUGGAACCAAAACGCUGGAACCCAACGCUGUUCUUUUGUGGUCUCUGCCUCUGGGGAGUCCACAAGCUGUAAAUCUAACAAGCAGCCAGCCGUGCGGCUUUUGGCCGCGCCACGUCUGAGAAAAGCCUUUUCUGUGAUGAGCGGGGAGAGGAGACUUGACUGGAGCCAGAGAAUGGAGGCGGCGGGCUGGCGGGGGUUGGGGGAGGCACUUUCUGGCGCACUUCACAGACGCACAAAAACAAGGAAGCCCGAAGGGAAGGCGGUCGAAAAUAAGGCAACAGAAGCCGCGAACGGAAGCGCGCCCCCCUCAGGAUUGGUUUGACAUUACGAAGCUCAGCCUCGCUCGCCCCGAAGACCUGAAGCGGAUCACGGCCGCGCGCGCACUCCCGCUGCUCCCGGGCGCUGGGCGGAGAGAGCCGCGCGCACCGGUUAAUUCUGCCAAUCAUGCGUCUCGGCCGCCCAUCGUGUGGGCCAAGCCCCGCCCCAACCGCUCGCUGGCGGAGGCGCGCGCGCAGUCCCGCAGCUCUGAGUCGCUGAGUGAAGCGGCGCCUCGCGCGUCAGUCAAUCUGGCCAAUUGCGCGUCUUUUCCGCCUACCGCACGGCCCCGCCCCUGCCGCAGGAUCGAUUUACGGCCGCAGAAUUUGAAUAUAUUUUGGUGGAUGAGACGAAAACAAGGAGAGUCUUGUGACUAUGAGAUACUAGCUGGUUGAUGUGUCAUGAAAAACUUAGUGGUCCCUAUGUGGGAAGAGAAAAACCAAGAUUUCACUUUCAAGAUGGAAAGUCCGUCAGACUCAGCUGUGGUUUUACCUAGCACUCCUCAGGCCUCUGCGAAUCCAUCAUCUCCCUAUACAAAUAGUUCACGAAAACAACCUAUGAGUGCAACACUUAGAGAAAGAUUAAGGAAAACAAGAUUUUCAUUUAAUUCCCGUUACAAUGUGGUGAAACGUCUUAAAGUAGAGAGUGAAGAAAAUGAUCAGACCUUUUCAGAGAAACCAGCAUCUUCCACAGAGGAAAACUGUUUGGAAUUUCAAGAAAGUUUUAAACACAUAGACGGUGAAUUUGAAGAAAAUACAAAUUUGAAAAAUACUUUGAAGAAUCUCAAUGUCUGUGAAUCUCAGUCACUUGAUUCUGGAUCAUGCAGUGCUCUCCAAAAUGAGUUUGUGAAUGAGAAGCUUCCUAAACAAAGAUUAAACGAUGAAAAAGCCAAAUUGGUGAAGCAGGUUCAGGAGAAAGAAGACCUUCUUCGGAGGCUAAAACUAGUCAAAAUGUAUAGAUCAAAGAAUGAUCUGUCUCAGUUACAGUUGUUAAUAAAGAAGUGGAGAAGCUGUAGCCAGCUGUUGCUUUAUGAGUUGCGGUCAGCUGUGUCUGAAGAGAACAAGAAACUAAGCCUUACUCAAUUGAUAGACCACUAUGGGUUAGAUGAUAAAUUGCUACACUAUAACAGAAGUGAAGAAGAAUUUAUAGAUGUUUAAUUCCUGAUUUUUGCUCCAGAAUAUCUUUGAGAAUGACAACUUAAUUAAAAGAUACUUAGGCACUUUUUUUUUUUUUUGAGACUAAGUCUCGCUCUUGUCACCCAGGCUGGAGUGCGAUGGUGCGAUCUUGACUCACUGCAACCUCUGCCUCUCGGGUUCCAGCAAUUCUUCUGCCUCAGCCUCCCGAGUAGCUGAGAUUACAGGCGCCCGCCACCAUGCCCAGCUAAUUUUUGCAUUUUUAGUAGAGGCUGGAUUUCACCACGUUGGCCCGGCUGGUCUCGAACUUAUGACCUCAGGUGAUCCACCGCCUAGGCCUCCCAAAACCAUUAGGGCUCAGAGGAAGGUAUCUCGAUGAAUAUCAAUUAUGGGCACUUUAAUAUAUAAAUUAUAAACUAAGUUCUAAAAGGAAAAUUAGUAUUUUGGAUAGAUUUGUCAAAGAAAACUUGACAUUUAAAUCAUGUUUAAAAAGUCAUUUGGGCAGUUCUGGAAACUAGUUUUAAUACAUUUGUUUUGUUUUUUAUGACAAAAAGUUUUAUUUUAAAUGUUAAAAAUUGUCCAAUCUGGUGAAUGUCUAAACCCUGAAGUUUAAAAAUUUGUCUCUCUCCUAAGUUCAUGCACCUUGUUUCCAUCCAUUUACCACAUAUUUCCAUCUGCUAAUCUAGCAGGUAAUUAAACUCAUAUGUCCAAAACCAUA